GAAGUAUUUCAAUAGUACACUAUUGAAAAACCUAUCUCAUUUGACCCAUGUCAACACCAGCCAAUCAGAACGCGUUCUGAGGAAGAGAAGAAAAUAGCUGCUGCUGUACAACAAAUCGUUCAAGAAAAAUGUUUCCAAAAGUGGUGAAUAUCGUAGUGAGUUCCUCAAUUUGGUCCUUCUGAAUGCUAGAAACGAAUCCCUACAGCAUAUUGAUAGUCUCUUUCAAUAAAUUAUGCAAAUCCGAAAUGAAAUAAUCGACAUUGAAAUUCUAUAUGCGGCUAUUUUUAUAGCCGUUAGGACCGCCCAUUAGUGAAAAAGCUACAAACGAAAUCACAUAAAGGAAACUCUUAACAAAAAUUGAAUCAGUUUGGAUUCUAUCGCCACUGCGAGCAGAUGUGUUUUGUGUCGUCUGCACAGCUAGUUUCGCUUUCGACAAGAGCGAUUACGUCACAGCUGCCAGUCAUUUCGAUGGAUGAAAAAGCAACGUUGGAGAGCAUUAUAAAAAAUCAGCCGUUCUAAUGGCUCUAAAAUUUUUCUAAAGAACUAUUAGGAUUUGUUUUUCGCAAACCGCAGGUAAUUAUCCUCAGUUUAGUGCAAAUCAAGAACAAUUUGGUUAGAUUUGUGCACUUUUCGCUGUGUGAAAUUCACAGUAAUCGAGAUCAAGUGAAGCUUUUUUUUGCGAAAAAUGUUCCGAGUUUAAUAUCGUAGAGAAUUACGCAAUUUGUCCCUUCUGAAUGCUGGAAAUGAAUCCCUACAGCAUAUUGAUAGUUUUUUUUCAAUAAAUUAUGCAAAUCCGAAAUGAAAUAAUCGACAUUGAAAUUCUAUAUGCGGCUAUUUUUAUAGCCGUUAGGACCGCCCAUUAGUGGAAAAGCUACAAACGAAAUCAAAUAAAAGGAAAUCUCUUAACAAAAAUUGAAUCAGUUUGGAUUCUAUCGCCACUGCGAGCAGAUGUGUUUUGUGUCGUCUGCACAGCUAGUUUCGCUUUCGACAAGAGCGAUUACGUCACAGCUGCCAGUCAUUUCGAUGGAUGAAAAAGCAACGUUGGAGAGCAUUAUAAAAAAUCAGCCGUUCUAAUGGCUCUAAAAUUUUUCUAAAGAACUAUUAGGAUUUGUUUUUCGCAAACCGCAGGUAAUUAUCCUCAGUUUAGUGCAAAUCAAGAACAAUUUGGUUAGAUUUGUGCACUUUUCGCUGUGUGAAAUUCACAGUAAUCGAGAUCAAGUGAAGCUUUUUUUUGCGAAAAAUGUUCCGAGUUUAAUAUCGUAGAGAAUUACGCAAUUUGUCCCUUCUGAAUGCUGGAAAUGAAUCCCUACAGCAUAUUGAUAGUUUUUUUUUUCAAUAAAUUUGCAAAUGCGAAAUAAAAUAAUCGACAUUAAUAUUCUGUAUGCGACUAUUUUUAUAGCCGUUAGGACCGCCCAUUAGUGAAAAUGCUACAAACGAAAUCACGUAAAAGAAAGCUCCUAACAAAAAUCUAAUCAGUUUGGAUUCUAUCGCCAAUGCGAGCAGAUGUAUUUUGUGCCGUUUGCAAAGCUAGUUUCGCUUCCGAUAAGAGUGAUUACGUCACAGCUGCCAGUCAUUUCGAUGGAUGAAUAAGCAUCGUUGGAAAGCAUUAUAAAAAAUCAGCCGUUCUAAUGGCUCUAAAAGUUUUCUGAAGAACUAUUAGGAUGUGUUGUUCGCAAAUCGAAAGAAAAUAUCCUCAGUUUAGUGCAAAUGUAGAACAGUUUGGUUAGAUUCUUGCACUUUUCGCUGUGUGAAAUUCACAGUAAUCGAGAUCAAGUGAAGCCUUCUUUGUUUUUGCGAAAAAUGUGGAAAAGGGGAAUGCUUGCAUAAUUCAUACAAUUGAUCAACUAUUUGAUAUUCGGAAGUGUUAAGGAACAUGUCAUUUGUUUUCGUAUUCACGACAUCCAGUUAUGUCUCUGACAUUACCCACCCGCCUUUUUCGAACUGUUUAAUGAUUUCAGCUGCCGAGACAUGUUUCCUAAGAUGUGCCUUCGUUAAUGCCCAAAAUUUCUCAAUUGGUCGAAGUUGUGGACAAUUUGGUGGAUUCAUGUCUUUUGGGACGAAAGUGACAUUUUUGGUAGUAUACCAUUCUACCGUUGAUUUCGAGUAGUGGCAAGAAGCAAGAUCUGGCCAGAAGAUAACAGGAUCCUUGUGGUUUCGAAUCAUGGGUCGAAGUCGUUUUUGUAAACAUUCCUUGAUGUAUAUUUCGCUGUUCAUUGAAGUAGUGGUGAUGAAGGGUUUCGAAAUCUUACCGCAGCUACAAAUUGCUUGCCAGAUCAUAGCUUUCAUACCAAAUUUUUCGACUUCAAUCGAUGUCUCGGACUGGCCCUUCUCGCACCGUAUAAUAUUGUGGUCCCGGCAAGGAUUUGUAAUCGAGUUCCACGUAGGUUUCGUCGUCCAUGAUUAUGCAGUUCAAAUUUCCAGCAAGAAUCGUAUUGUACAGCUUUCGAACCCCCGGCCUGAUCGAUGCUUCUUGUUUCGGAUUACGUUUUGGUUGUUUCUGCCAGUGCAGUAAAAAUUCACUUCAUUCAUUUGAAUUUGAUUUUACAACACUGCUCAGUUUAAUCCGACAGGCCUUCUCUUCACUACUAGUGUUCAUUGAAAAUGAAACGAUUUGACAGAUCUAAAUAAGUCAUUCACGCGCUCUUUGCAUUCCCUCUUCUCUUUUUUUCAUAUGAAUAGACAUAUCUUCAAUACAUUCAAAGUUCAUCUUCGAUUUGAACCCGAAUACCAGUCAAUUGAAGGCCUAACAAUUCAUUUGACGCCGUUAUAGUGAUAUUCAGUAUCAAUUAUUUUGUAACGAUUGUAAACUAAAAGUUCUCAAAAUGACUACUGGAAAGCGUAAGCAUGAAGAAUCGAAAAAUUAUUCCGAAAUUGCUUCUAAAUUUGUACGCCACGAAGGCGAACGGGUGUAUUGCCAAAUUGAAGGAAUUGAAAACAAGUGUACAUACAUUCAAUCAAGGUAUGAUGCCUGCAAUUUUAUCCGGCAUUUUAGAACGCGUCACAAGACUUUGGCUACCCUGCAUGGUCUUUUCAGUGAAAAAGUAAAAAUCAAAAUACGAAAUGUUCCAAAAAAAGCGGUGGCUAUCGAUAAACAGAUGAUUAUUGAUUCAGCAAUAAAACUUAUUGCGUAUCAUAAUCUGCCUCUGUCGUGUUUCGAUUGGGAAGGAUUGCGACAAAUUUUUGAUCCUUUGGGGGAAGCAUUUGGACUCACUCUAAAUAGACCUAAUGCAAAAUCUUAUAUCAACGAAAUUGCUAACAGAAUGAUACCAAUUAUGGCAGCUGAAAUGAAAUCACGAUUACUGUGUUUAAUGAUUGAUUCGGCUAGUCGAAUGAAUCACCACAUUUUGGGUGUUGGAGUGCAAUAUGCAAUAGGCGAUAAAGUUGUAGCAAGAACGCUGGGUAAAUUGCAAUAUUGUUUGUAAUUUUCUGUUUUCUAAUAGUACUUUUUACUAGGUAUGAUUGAGGUAAAAGAAAGGCAAACUGCUGCAUUCCUUAAAGAUAAGGUACUAGCAAUAUUAGCUCGCUAUGAUGUUACACUUCUGCAAGUGUUUUCAAUAACAGUCGACAAUGGAGCUAAUAUGCUUGCAUGUAUACGACAACUGAAGGAUGAGUUUGAAGCGCCAAUUCUUUCAUUAUACGAUGAAAUCGAAGAAAGCGACGUAGCAAAUGAAACUGCACAAGAAGUAGCCGACAAUAUUACAAAUGAUUUUAAUGAUCAAGCCAGAGAAAAUCUUAAUAUGGUUAGAUGUGCAGUUCAUACGCUGCAACUAGCUAUCCUCGAUGUAGUUAAUAAAAGCAACGAGAAAGUUAAACAAAUUACCGAGAUCGCUAAGCGCUGUAAGAACAUAAAAUAUAAAACCAGUUUUGAAUACCACCAUGCGAAAUAUCCUCCAGUAUGGUGUCAAACAAGAUGGGGAGGCAUUUAUAAAAUGUUUGAAUACUUUACCAUCCAAAAACAGUUCUUCUCUCAGCUUGCUCUAGAGUUUCCUGAACUUGGUAAAAUUUUCAUUGAAAGAACUCAUUUAUGUUUUAAUUUGACCAAAUUUUUACAAAUGGAAUUUACAGACCUCGCUAUUCACUGGGACUUCAUCCAAAACUAUUUGGAAGCCUUCAAGCCAUGUUAUGUUUGUACAAAAAAGUUACAGGAAUCGCAUGUAUCUUUGAGCGAUUUUUACAUGGAAUGGUUGAUAACCAUAUGUCUGGUUAAAAAGCAAGAGAAUAAUCCUUUUGCUCAUGAACUAACGAAGGCAUUAUCUACACGUCUCGAGAAUCUUCGUACGUCGAUGGCUUUUAAAAUGGCCAUUUAUCUAGACCCUCGAUUCAACUACACCAAUUCAAACGUAUUCAAUGGCGAUGAAAAGGAACACAUACAGAAAUUCAUUAUUCAAACCUGGGCGAGAAUUAAAUACUUGGAUCCCCGUUACUCUAUUGAACAAACGUGUACAACUAACGCUACAGAAGCUUUUAAUGAAAGCGAUAAUUUUAUCACCGAAAUAUUCGGCGGAUCGCUUAGUACCAAUGAUACUUCAAGCACAUUCCAACAGCAGUUAAAAACUCUCCAAGCAGAGAUGCGUCAAUGCACUGCAUUGUCGCUGUUUCAACGAACCAAGGUCGAACAACAAUCGCAUUAG